UUGGUGUGCGACUGUGACGCCAUUUCCGGUGAAGCCUUAGGGGGAAAAAAACAAAACAAGCUACAGCUAGCAAGAAAAUGUAUUUUUUUUAAAACUCGCUCACUCGAAUAGAUGGCCACCAAAUGAGGCAAUGGUGUAAACAUUUCGUGAACCAUGAAUUUAAGGGGACUCUUUCAGGAUUUUAAUCCCAGCAAGUUCCUGAUCUACUUGUGCCUGCUACUUUUCUCUGUCUUGUUGUCCCUGAGGCUGGAUGGAGUCAUCCACUGGAGCUACUGGGCAGUGUUCACGCCAAUAUGGCUGUGGAAAGUGCUAGUAAUCAUCGGGGCCUCAGUGGGCGCCGGAGUGUGGGCACACAACCCUCAGUACAGGGCUGAAGGUGAGACGUGCGUGGAGUUCAAGGCCAUGCUGAUUGCUGUGGGCCUCCAUGUCCUCUUGCUCAUGUUUGAGGUGUUGGUGUGUGACCGGGUGGCGAGGGAAAGCGGAAACUUCUGGCUCCUUGUCUUCAUGCCUCUCUUCUUUGUUUCGCCUGUCUCCGUUGCAGCGUGUGUCUGGGGAUUUAGACAUGACCGCUCCCUGGAACUGGAGGUGUUUUGCUCAGUGAACAUUCUUCAGUUCAUCUUCAUCGCUCUGAAGUUGGACGGCAUCAUCGGCUGGCCUUGGCUGGUGGUGUGUGUGCCACUGUGGAUCCUCAUGUCCUUCCUGUGUCUCGUCGUCCUCUACUACAUUAUCUGGUCGGUCCUUUUCCUCCGCUCCAUCGACAUCAUCGCCGAGCAGCGGCGGACUCACAUCACCAUGGCCAUCAGCUGGAUGACCAUCGUGGUUCCGCUCCUCACCUUCGAGAUCCUACUGGUGCACAAGCUGGACAAUGACAACAGUUUGAGCCACGUGUGCAUCUUCGUGCCACUGUGGCUCUCGCUGCUCACACUCAUGGUCACCACUUUUGGGCAGAAGGGAGGAAACCACUGGUGGUUUGGCAUACGCAAAGACUUUUGCCACUUUCUGCUGGAGCUCCUACCCUUUCUGCGAGAGUAUGGCAACGUCUCGUACGACCUCCAACGCAGUGACGACCCUGAGGCUGCGGAGGACCCCCCUGUUCCUGAGCCGCCCCCCAAAAUUGCCCCUAUGUUCCAUAAGAAGACAGGUGUGGUGAUCACACAGAGUCCUGGCAAAUACUUUGUCGCCCCGUCCAAACUGUGCAUCGACAUGCCCGACUAAAGGCAGUGCCGGGCUGCAGUGCCCUCACUCGGACUCUGCAUGAAAAAAGAACAGCUUCUCACUUUGCUGUCACAGGACUGCUUGGAGUCGUUUGAAGGACCUUUGACCUCCUGUGAACAUUAAAGCGGACACAGCUGAGGAGGUGAACGCGUACGAAUGCCGUCUCACUGUCAGAUGGGACCAUCGGAGAGACGUCCUCACAAGAGGACUUUAUAAGUUGUGGUACCAUCUUGUCCUCUUUGCUCUCUGCAAUCAAUCACGCUGCUUCCAUGAUGGUUCCACCUUGGAGGCUGCGUGCACUGAAAAAAAUUGCACUUACAUAUUCAGAGAAAUUGUUUUUCUAUUCCUGUAUGUAAAUAAGUGAAUUUGUCAUGAGGGACCAGGGCAACGGACAAAAUAUUGUUCCUCAUCCACUAUAAAGGAGUCGACAUGUUCCUGAUUGUUCUUCAUUGUUGUGCUUUGAUCAGGCUUCUUGUUUGACUGUUUGGUGUCGAGAUGAGAGAUUAAACUGUUGCAAUACGUCACAUGA